UCGUGUAUCUUCGCACCGUCUUUUGAUUCUUCGUUCAUUAUUUUGGUUGGGUUGCAUGAAUUAUUGACUGAUUUAUUUAUUUAUAAUUCUUGCAAUUUAAUCAGUGGGUUUCUUGUGAGCUUAUCCAAGAAUUACCAUGCAUGCAACUGAAGCAGAAUCUGGAGCUGUCAGCAAUGGAAUUUCAAAGGAUUCUUCUCAGGCAAAUUCACCGAAACCCUUACAUAGCAAACCUUCUAAGCCCGGAACAAGCGGUCGGUCGUCGGAUCUUUCGCUGCAAAUACCUCCUAGAGCGGUAGGAUUUGGUAGCCGUAGUGGAAAGGGUUUACUUCAAUCCCAGGGUUCCAGCAAAGGUGGUUCUUCACCUGGAGGCUUCCUGCGUGGCUUAAGCUUCAAGAUAAGAGGUAACACGGCCGAUGGCGAGCGGAGCUCUCUCCUCACUCCGACAACAGCCGAGUCCCAAAAGUCCGAUUAUGGCUGGUUUUCUAUCCCCAUUCUUUUGGAAAAGAUGUACAUCGCUGCCUUUACUCCGGCAUCGAAUUGUCCCCGUCGGUUACCAUGCCUGGCUCAGAAAGGAUGGCUGGCGAACAACACAAAUUGAAUAAACAGCAAAGCCUACAGUGGUUUCAAGGUCCCUUUCAGUGCCCGGACGAAAUAUGUUAUAGUGAGAUCCGCAUCUUUCGAUUCGUAAAGAGAAUGUCCCUGCAGAUAACAGUGAUGAUAUCAAUCCUGUUCCUGCAGAAAGAUGAUGAGGAGAUUCCGGAAGAGGAAGCUGUGUGCAGAUCUGCUUUGAUGAAUGUGAUGAGCAACACAACUCAAAAUGGAAUGCAGUUGCAAAGGUGCCCUACAACUUGUGCAUGAAGCGUGCGCCAUUAAUGGUUUAGUACGAGAGGAAACAAAAACUGUGAGGUAUGCGGGCAAGAAGUGAGGAACUUACCUGUAACUCUGCUACGGGUGCCUACUAUGGCUCGAAGGGUAAUAGACAGAACGUUAAUCCACAGAGAUUUCCAUCGAAACUGCGAGUGCCUGCAGAUUUCGUGGUUCUCGUGUUGAUUAGCACGAUAUGCUAUUUCUUCUUCCUUGAGCAACUACUGAUUCAGGACAUGAAGAGAGAAGCAAUUAUGAUUGCCGCGCCAUUUGCAUUUACCCUAGGCCUGUUUGCAAUCGUCGCAUUAACCGUUCAUCUAUUGUAUGGUGUGGUCCAUAUGAAGGCUGUUUUCGCUAUACUGAUUUCUGGAACGGUAAGUUCGGGACAGAUGGCACUCAACUCAUUGUAUAUAUACUGUUUCGGUUGGCGAGUUCAAGUUGCCGGAAAUUCAAGCCCGGUGUGAUUCGAUUCGAUCUAAUGAUUGCGGUCUGAAAUGUAGUACGUUCGUAGCAGUUGUUUUGUAGUUUCUACUGAAAUAAAAAUGGCCUUAGAAACAUCAGAGUUUUUUCACAAUUAUAUAAUAGUAAUUAUUAUUUUC